GAGGGACACUCAGCAAGCGCUCGUCUUUAUCUGCCAACAUGUUCAGACUUUCAAAGAAGAUGUCUUCUAGAAUGAGAACCACCAUUCUGUUGGCAGCUCUUGUCAUUGUCAUUUAUUUCUAUAAAGAUGUGAUCGACCACAGUAUCACCCGCCGCCAGUUAGAUGUGAGUAAGGAUGUCAAUCAAACAGAUCCACCCCCCACAAAUUCCUCCUAUGUAUACUCCUGGCCAAGAUGUGAACGAAACAUGUCCAGUACCAAGAUCAGAAACUUCACCCAACUCCCCGAGAUUAUACAAAACGUCUUCUACUAUCGACACUGUCGACAUUUUCCCAUGCUACUGGAUGUUCCUGACAAAUGUGGAGGAGUUAAUGGAUCCGCAGACGUCUUCCUUCUACUGAUCAUUAAAAGUUCACCUGAGAACUACGACCGCCGAGAGAUACUGCGCAAAACCUGGGCUGGAGAGAAGUUACACAAUGGUGUGUGGAUUCGAAGGCUCUUCAUUGUAGGAUCGAGGAAUGCUGGUUUUGACAAAGUGAGACUGGACAAAGGCCUCGAGCUGGAGCAACGCGAGUACAAUGACAUCCUCCAAUGGGACUUCAAUGACACGUUCUACAACCUCACCGUGAAGCAGAUACUCUUCCUGGAAUGGAAGGAGAGACACUGUCCACAUGCUCGCUUCCUGCUAAAUGGUGAUGAUGACGUCUUUGCCAGCACAAACAACAUGGUUGACUAUCUCCAAAGCCUCAAGGACAAUACUGGAAACAAGCACCUCUUUGCCGGUGACCUGAUUGAGAAUGUUGGGCCUAUUAGAAAGCCGGACAAUAAGUACUUUAUUCCAGUUGAGCUCCAGCAGUCAGACCUAUACCCCCCCUACUGCGGGGGUGGGGGCUUCCUCUUGUCUAGCUACACAGCUUCGGUUAUAUACAAUAUGUCCCAUUCCAUCACCCUUUUUCCUAUUGAUGAUGUUUACUUUGGACUAUGCAUGGCCGAAGCAGGAAUCGGUCCUAUUUCUCAUAAAGGGAUGAAGACAGGAGGACUGAUCAUGCCUUUCAGAGGUAUAGAUAGAUAUGACCCCUGCUAUUAUAGAGAUGUUCUGCUUGUUCACAGAUUCCUUUCGGCUAAGUUGUAUUACAUGUGGAACCAAGUGAAUGACCCAAAUCUGGAUUGCAGUUUAGAAAUAUAA